AUGACUUCUGAUACCCAACCCUCCGGCCAGAAUGGCCACUCGGGCAACGGCGCCCCUCGCGCCAAAGUGUGCGUAUACUGCGGAGCCAAUGCGGGAUCCAGCCCACUUCACCUGGAGGCGGCUCGAGAACUCGGCCGGGCCAUGGCCGCGAACAACAUUGAUCUAGUAUAUGGUGGCGGAACCGUCGGUCUCAUGGGCGAAGUCGCAAAGACUCUUGUCUCCAUCAACGGCCCCGACUCUGUCCACGGCAUCAUUCCCGAGGCGCUCGUCAAGUACGAGCGGGACGGUACCUACCAAACCACCAACAAGUCCAACCAGGUUGUCCCUGAAGAGUCAGUGUACGGUCGCACCACCGUGGUCAAGGACAUGCACACCCGCAAGAAGCUCAUGGCCGAGGAGGUUUUCGCCGGCGGCCCAGGAAGCGGCUUCAUCGGCCUGAGCGGUGGCUUUGGCACCAUGGAGGAGAUCUUCGAGACCACAACCUGGAACCAGCUGGGAAUCCACAGCAACGGCAUUGUUCUACUUAAUAUCAACGGUUAUUGGGAUGGCAUCGUGCAGUGGCUAGACAAGGCUGUCGAAGAGGGCUUCGUCAAGGAGGCGAACAAGAACAUUCUCGUUACGUCAACUACUCCUGAAGGCGCUCUCCAGGCCCUGCGCGACUACAAGGUCGCCGAUGGAAUCUACCAGCUAAAGUGGGAGAGUAGCUAG